GGGCGUCGGCGGUGGCGGCGGCGGGGACGCGGCUGGCUCUGGCGCCAUGAACUUGCUGUAACACGCAGGCUGCGCGGCGCGGGGGGCGGGGGGAGGACGCAGCGGUGAAGUUCUCCGCCAUGAACCUGAGGGGCCUCUUCCAGGACUUCAACCCGAGUAAAUUCCUCAUAUAUGCCUGUCUGCUACUGUUCUCUGUGCUGCUGGCCCUUCGUUUGGAUGGCAUCAUUCAGUGGAGUUACUGGGCUGUUUUUGCUCCAAUAUGGCUUUGGAAGUUAAUGGUCAUUGUCGGAGCCUCAGUUGGAACUGGAGUCUGGGCACGAAAUCCUCAGUAUCGAGCAGAAGGAGAAACAUGUGUGGAGUUCAAAGCCAUGUUGAUUGCAGUGGGCAUCCACUUGCUCCUGUUGAUGUUUGAAGUUCUGGUCUGUGACAGAAUUGAGAGAGGAAGCCAUUUCUGGCUUCUGGUCUUCAUGCCACUGUUCUUUGUUUCCCCGGUGUCUGUUGCAGCUUGUGUAUGGGGCUUUCGACAUGACAGGUCACUAGAGUUAGAAAUCCUGUGUUCUGUCAACAUUCUCCAGUUUAUAUUCAUUGCCUUAAGACUGGACAAGAUCAUCCACUGGCCCUGGCUUGUUGUGUGUGUUCCUCUGUGGAUUCUCAUGUCCUUCCUGUGCCUGGUGGUCCUCUAUUACAUCGUGUGGUCCGUCCUGUUCUUGCGCUCCAUGGACGUGAUUGCAGAGCAGCGCAGGACUCACAUAACAAUGGCCCUGAGCUGGAUGACCAUCGUCGUGCCUCUUCUCACUUUUGAGAUUCUGCUGGUUCACAAACUAGACGGCCACAACGCGUUCUCCUGUAUACCCAUCUUUGUGCCCCUGUGGCUCUCCUUGAUCACGCUGAUGGCAACCACGUUCGGACAGAAGGGAGGAAACCAUUGGUGGUUUGGUAUUCGCAAAGAUUUCUGUCAGUUUCUGCUUGAAAUCUUCCCAUUUUUGCGAGAAUACGGAAACAUUUCCUACGAUCUCCAUCACGAAGAUAAUGAAGAAACUGAAGAAACCCCAGUUCCGGAACCUCCUAAAAUCGCUCCUAUGUUUCGAAAGAAGACCAGGGUGGUCAUCACGCAGAGCCCUGGAAAGUAUGUGCUGCCCCCUCCCAAAUUAAACAUCGAAAUGCCCGAUUAAACGCCACCUCGGGGGACAGCACGUAUGUGAACGGGGACGCACGCUCUCUCCACCUCCCUCUGCCGCCUCUUCACCCACGGCCCAGCCCCGGAACUGGAGCUGGGUCUCCAGGUACGUCCAUCUCAUGCCUUGUUUGCAUCCAACGCCUAUCAGCCACUCAGCACGAAGGGACGCAGAGCUGACAGGUGACCGGCCAGGGUGUGUGUCAGCGGACCUGGCUGCCAGGGAGAGUGGGAGACGGAGCACCGAUUUACAUCCGUCUGGGUGGGAGCCUUAGGCGUUUGGUCAUCCCCGUCGGACCCAGGGGGGUGGCUGGCUGAUGAGCCCCGCAGAAGGGACAUCUCUCUGCACGGCUGGUUUUCAGAGUGCUGAAAGUUCUGAUCCAAAGUGUUGUUCCAAAAUGUAUUUUCCCACAGGGCCAGCCCCCACGUGCAGCUACCAGUUGUCCCGGUCUUGGCGUAGUCAGUAGGAACUAUAAGGAUGUCUCUAAUGCACCACGUGUUUAGACACAGCACAGUCCUCCUUUUUCCUGUUCCUACUGUGGAAGUAGUUUCUCUCUGGGCAUGCUGACAGCAGUUUUUAAGAGCCUCAUGGGUGAGCCCUUUCUAAUGGAGUCACUCCAUGCCUGUAUAGUAUUUAUACAAAUAUUUUAGCAUCGUCAUAUACGGUGUUAAUGCCUAGUUCUGUACAGUAUACUCUGUUAAAGUAUUUUUUUACAAGCUUCUGCUGGAUACCAGGUGUUCCGCUACAGAAGUAGAAGCCGGGGGCAUGCCUGCCCCACCCCAGCGGGGUGCCACGCCUUCACGGGACAUUGCCCUUUCCGCCCUGGAAUUCCUCCAGGUACUCCGGUAGCCCCUACUGCCAGAACAGCCACAGCAAGC